UCUUCUCGGCGGUUUCUUAUCGACAAAUAACUGACACUUAUCUGUUUUCAAGGCAAACCACUUAUCAAGCAACACAAGAGUACGCUCUCACCGGCAAAAAAAAUCAUUUACAGUAUCGCUAUUCCCCCUUGUCUGGAAAACUUGAUAAUUCAUUCCCCAAAGAAUAUUAAAUCUUACUACUAACUCGCAUUCGUCUAUAAUAUCAUCGUGCAAACAACGGAACGGACUGGUACGGUAAACGCAGUCUCACCAACAUUUUCAAAGGACAGCGAGAUGCUGCCCCAGCCUUUGCUGGAGGCCUUAGCCUUCUACCUGCAGCAACUGGAGACCAACCCGCUGAAAACGAAAUGCAUUACCUGCUGUUUCCUUGCCACGACGGGCAACAUGUUGUCUCAGUACCUGUCGGGCAAGAGAUCCAUCGAUAAGGACAGCCUUAUCGCCUACGGCCUCUUCGGAUUCUUGUUCGGAGGGCCGAUACCUCACUGGUUCUUCCUUCUCCUGGAGAAUGUCGUGCCACGGGGCUCGUCGAACGUCCAUUUGAAGCGGAUCUUGAUGGAGCGUUUGUUGUUCAUGCCGGCGUUCCAGGCACUGGGGCUGUACAUGCUGACAAUAUUCGAGGGCAAGUCCCACAAAGAAGCACAGAGGAACGUGAAGCGAAUGUUCGUGUCCGUCGUGAAAGCUAACUGGCUGUAUCUCACGGUGCCUCAGCUGUUGAACAUCAUAUAUGUUCCUCCCAUGUUGAAGUCUGUGGCAAACAGUUUGAUCGCGUUCUGCUGGAUUGUCUACCUGGCCAAGAAGCGAAGUCAGGCACAGGAACAAGCACGCAGCAAACAGUCGUAAACCUUGUUAAUAGUGGGUGUAAAAGAAUUACUUCUGAUUGACAAGAAAAAAAAUAUUCAUACAUUGUAGCUACAAGGGGGUUUUAAUAAUGGUUCUCAAAAAGGUAAUCUCUCCAUAUCACUCUUCCGGAAUGGUUGUAGUCGGCAAUUAAAACAAUUAGCCAAUUUUAAAAUUGUAUGCUUCUGUAUGUUCACAUUGCUCUAUCAGUGCAUGAGCUACGUCUGAAAUAAUGUAUCUCAAACGAUUACACAAGUUUUAGUCACUAAUACCUAGGAGGUAACUUUAUCAAAAUCUCAAAACUGUGUCGUAGGUUGAGUAAGAUUAGAAUCACACUGCCACCAUUUGCUGUUAAGUGCAGACAUUGAAGCUACUGUCACAAAUUUUUUUUGUCAUGGCUAGAGACCUGCGAAAUUUGCGGUUUUGAUGGCCUUCAGGAUAGACUGCACAUACCUCUGUACACUCGGGCAAAUAACGCAUGUUCAUUGGCUGUCGACUUGUAAGUCGUCUCAGUUGGUUUGUCUGUGAUUCGAUCCUUCUUUGGUUGAGUAAGCCAAUAGCAAAAUUAUCUAAGAGGUAUGUGUGUUUGAAUUCUAGCCUAUCACCGAAUGAAUCUGCAAAUUUUGCAGGUCUCUAGUCAUGGCUUAUGUUAUUUGUAAAAGGAAAUAAAAUUCAUACUAGGUAAUUUAUCAUGGUGUAAAAAUAUCUGGGUAAUCUGAUUAUUUUUUCUGGAGCAAUAAUUGGUGGUUAUUUCUGUCUCAUUUCUCAAUGCGAUUUAAGAUAACAUACUGGUUUUCUGUGUUCAAAAGUACAUUUUAAAGUUUGAUGUCGUAAGGGCCUUAAACGUUCUUAACUGUAUGUCAGUAGUGUGUAUGCCAGGGAUACACUGCGUGUUUAAAGCGCAUACGGACCCGGAGGGCGGGGACUCCGUAACAGGGUUGUGACGUCGUCCGUCUGUCGGAUGAAACUCCAACUGCCCUACUGUAAACCCUCUCAUCCCUUCCAGACCUGGUCUGCUCCAAGUGUCCGACACACUUGCAUGAAGAGUGGGCCUUAAGAGGCGUCCCGCACGUCUCACACCAGACGUUUGUCGACACGUGAUGAAGAAUGGUAAACGUCUCACGUUUAACACAAGUACAUAUUUGGCAUGUGGCUUCACGUCUCUUGCCUGUCUCUCGCUGCGAUACUGUUAAACCCCUCACGGCACGAAUCGGAGUUAGUCGCAGUCGGUCACCCUUGUGGUCGACAAGUUACUCGUGGGAAGUCCCUUAAGACGGUUAAAAAUUGUAAAUUAAGCAGUCUGCCCUCUGAGGCAGUUCCCGAGGGUAGAUGGAAAAUUGAUUUGGAAAAUUAAAUUAUUAACACAGAAGUAAAGUGUCAGCGAUGGCAAGCGAUGAAGUCCCCAGGGUGCGAAUGCUUUCAACCUCGGCCGGAUGUAAGAAAAUGUCCACUGACCAGGACAGACUCUUCCCGUCUCAUUGAUGACCGUUACGAGAUAUCGGAUCCGUGAUGCUUACGUUACAAAACUAUAUAGAAAAAACCCUUCACAUAAUUAAAAAAAAAAAAAAAAAACCUUUACAAUGGCUGUAAUAAGUAUAUCAAGUUUAAAUAUGUAUUGUCGCUCAAAGGUGAGUUCCGGAACAUUAAUACAGUUUGAAGCAAAGGUCGAAAAGGCUGAAAAGAAACAGGACCCUUGGGAAAUAAUAAUAAUAAAAACAAAACACAUUACAAUGUUAUAUUUUAAUAUUGAAUGUAUUUAUGGGAAUGUCGCACUGGUUUUUAACUACAAUGUUCAAACCGUCUUACGGGCCAGUGGUGUGCUAUUUAACACUGGCAUACCUCACACUGCACACAAACAUAGAUAGAGCAGGGGAGGUUGCGUGUUUAUUUCUACAGUUACGAAGGUGUAUUUAAAAUUACUCCUUUGCCCUCUUGCAAAAUCAGCAAGAGUUCACAAAAUUUUUUUUGCUACAAACUCUGCCGUCCAGUACUCUUUUAAAGUAUUCGGUUACGAAAGCCACUAAAUGGGUUUUAAGGUAAUUGUAUGGCUUGUAGGUUAUUUUAUUUGUUUGGACAUUCAGUGAAAUGUAAUUAGGUGAAUUUUGCUGUAAAGUUUCUCAGAGUGUCACUUUUUAUUGCAGUUCAAGAAGUAAUAUCCACACAUGUAACUCACCAGCUUUGAUGUUUUUACUCUUGUGAAUUGUGUAACACCAAAAUAUUUUUUAUAUUGUUAAAUUUUGAAAGUUUAUAGUGUGUAUUGUAAAAAAUAAUACAUAUGUGAAAAUAUUAACAAUGUAAGAUACACCAUGCAGUAAUGUGAUUUUGUGAAAGCAAAACUUAAUCAUACAUUCCAUGUUAAAAUUUCUAACAUAUAGACCACUGGUUUUAAUAAUUUUGUUAUGAACUUGGUUAGAUACUGUAAUUUUAUACACACCACCUGUAGAUUAGCAUUCCUGAUAUUGUGUUUUUGCAUAAGUUUGAUUUUUUUUUUUUUACAAGAUAUGGGUUGUAAAAUACUGAAAAUAAAAACUAGAAUAAUCUUAACACUA